AUGAACCUCGGCAGACGCAUCUCGACGACCCUCAACAAGCGCCAGGCCUCGAGACUCACCAACACUUUCCCACACAACGCCCAACAAAUAAGCAUGAUUCAUCAACAACGGACCAGACCAUCCCCGGAGCAGAGUCCGCGGCGGGCCACAGCAGCAUCAGCUCCAGACACGCCCCGACCCGACCCGGACCGCGCCCCCUUUCCCCCCGCCGCCAGCUUCGUGGCCCACCAGUGCUUGACGCCAGGCCCGGCCAGCAGCUCGCACGCCUCGACGAGCAACAAGACAUCGCCACCUCCGCACCGCGUACGCGCCGCCCAGUUACUAUACUUACUUGUUAGGCAGCAGGGCGCCCAUCACGGGACCCCCCCCCCAGACGGGGCCUGCUCGUCGUCGUACAGAUGUGGACCCUUGCCGUCCAUCGUCGGCUUGUGGGACGAAGCCGUCCCGGACCAGACCAGUCCCCAGGGUCUCCUCCUCCUCCUUCAACCUUCCCUCCCAUUCCCGAAUCGGUGA